AUGCGAGGGGCUGCCCCUGGAAAGAAGACUGCUGGGCUGCAGCAGAAAAAUGUUGAAGUGAAGACAAAAAACAACAAACAGAAGACACCUGGAAAUGGAGAUGGUGGCAGCACCAGUGAGGCACCUCAGCCUCCUCGCAAGAAAAGGGCUCAAAUAGAUCCUACUGUUGAAAAUGAAGAAACUUCCCGUUACCCCACCCUAAUAUUGUCCUCUUCCCUACCAUUGGAGCCUUUUGUGGCAGAUGAGUAUAUUGAACGUCUUGUGUGGAGAACCCCUGGAGGAGGCUCUAGAGGGGGACCUGAAGCUUUUGAUCCUAAAAGAUUAUUAGAAGAAUUUGUAAAUCAUAUUCAGGAGCUCCAGAUAAUGGAUGAAAGGAUUCAAAGGAAAGUAGAGAAACUAGAGCAACAGUGUCAGAAAGAAGCUAAGGAAUUUGCCAGGAAGGUACAAGAACUCCAGAAAAGCAAUCAGGUUGCCUUCCAACAUUUCCAAGAACUAGAUGAGCACAUCAGCUAUGUAGCAACCAAAGUCUGUCACCUUGGAGACCAGUUGGAGGGGGUAAACACACCCAGACAACGGGCAGUAGAGGCUCAGAAGUUGAUGAAAUACUUCAAUGAGUUUCUAGAUGGAGAACUGAAAUCUGAUGUUUUUACAAAUUCUGAAAAGAUAAAGGAGGCAGCAGACAUCAUUCAGAAGUUGCACCUAAUCGCCCAAGAGUUACCUUUUGAUAGAUUUUCAGAAGUUAAAUCUAAAAUUGCAAGUAAAUACCAUGAUUUAGAAUGCCAGUUGAUUCAGGAGUUUACUGGUGCUCAAAGAAGAGGUGAAAUCUCCAGAAUGAGAGAAGUAGCAGCUGUUUUACUUCAUUUUAAGGGUUAUUCUCAUUGUGUUGAUGUUUAUAUAAAGCAGUGCCAGGAGGGUGCUUACUUGAGAAACGAUAUAUUUGAAGAUGCAGCAAUACUCUGUCAACGGGUAAACAAACAAGUUGGAGAUAUCUUUAGUAAUCCAGAAACAGUACUGGCUAAACUUAUUCAAAAUGUAUUUGAAAUCAAACUACAGAGCUUUGUGAAAGACCAGUUACAAGAAUGUUGGAAGUCUGAUGCAGAGCAGUAUCUCAAAAGUCUCUAUGAUUUAUACACAAGAACCACAAAUCUUUCCAGCAAGUUGAUGGAGUUUAACUUAGGUACUGAUAAACAGACUUUCUUGUCUAAGCUUAUCAAGUCCAUUUUCAUUUCCUAUUUGGAGAGCUACAUUGAAAUAGAGACUGGCUAUUUGAAAAGCAGAAGUGCUAUGAUCCUACAGCGCUAUUAUGACUCAAAAAACCAUCAAAAGAGAUCCAUUGGCACAGGAGGUAUUCAAGAUCUGAAAGAGAGAAUUAGACAACGUACCAACUUACCUCUGGGGCCAAGUAUCGAUACUCAUGGAGAGACUUUCCUGUCCCAGGAAGUGGUGGUUAAUCUUUUGCAAGAAACCAAACAAGCCUUUGAAAGAUGUCAUAGGCUCUCUGAUCCUUCUGAUUUACCAAGGAAUGCCUUUAGAAUUUUUACCAUUCUUGUGGAAUUUUUAUGUAUUGAACAUAUUGAUUAUGCCUUGGAAACAGGACUUGCUGGAAUUCCUUCUUCAGAUUCUAAGAAUGCAAAUCUCUAUUUUUUGGAUGUUGUGCACCAGGCCAAUACUAUUUUUCAUCUUUUUGACAAGCAGUUUAAUGAUCACCUUAUGCCACUAAUAAGCUCCUCUCCUAAAUUAUCAGAAUGCCUUCAGAAAAAAAAAGAAAUAAUUGAACAGAUGGAGAUGAAAUUGGAUACCGGCAUUGAUAGGACAUUAAAUUGUAUGGUUGGACAAAUGAAGCAUAUCUUGGCUGCAGAACAAAAGAAAACAGAUUUUAAGCCAGAAGAUGAAAACAAUGUUUUGAUUCAGUAUACUAAUGCCUGUGUUAAAGUCUGUGCUUACGUAAGAAAACAAGUGGAGAAGAUUAAAAAUUCCAUGGAUGGGAAGAAUGUGGAUACAGUUUUGAUGGAACUCGGAGUACGUUUUCAUCGACUUAUUUAUGAGCAUCUUCAACAAUAUUCCUAUAGCUGUAUGGGUGGCAUGUUAGCAAUUUGUGACGUAGCUGAGUAUAGGAGGUGUGCCAAAGACUUCAAGAUUCCUCUGGUAUUACAGCUUUUUGAUACUCUGCAUGCACUUUGCAAUCUUCUGGUAGUAAACCCAGAUAAUUUAAAGCAAGUCUGCUCAGGAGAACAACUUGCUAAUCUGGACAAGAACAUUCUUCACUCCUUCGUACAACUUCGUGCUGACUAUAGAUCUGCCCGCCUUGCUCGACAUUUUAGCUGAGGUUGAAUUUACAAGGGAAAUGUGUUGUACUCCAGCAAGCCUUGGUUGAAAGAAAGCACAGAAGGUUUCUUAUGACACAGCCAACAUUUUAUUGAAAAAUGAC